AUUUUUUACUAUUUCAGAAGCUUCAUAAUUGACAAUUUUGUUGGUCCAUCUAUACUGAAGAAUUACGUGCUGGAACGUUUCACGGAUGCAACUUAUUACUAUUUGUUCCGCAAACGAGUAGCACAGCAACUAGCGGUGCUAAGUGUACUGGAAAUGCUUAUACGUUUAUCUCCAUUGUUCCUCGAGGAUGUAUCCAUCCGUACAUCAACUGCUCAGCUGGCUGCUCCCCGAUAUAAAUUUACCAUUGGUGAAGAUUCUCAACGCAUUGUUCCGUUCCGGCUAACACCGAACUUCCAGUGGUUCCUCGGGAUGACGAUUGAAGGUGAUUUCUUGUGGGGCUGCUGCGGCAACUAUACGAUGUCUUUUCCGGCGGGAUCAACAUUUGCUACUUCGGCCGUUAAUUCUGGAUGA